AUGUCCGACUCCCACUUUAGCAAAAGCGGCAGUUUCGAGCCUGUCCCGCAAAAGGCACAGGCCCAAGACUUGCCAGGAAUGGAGCCCUCCAGCGAGUCAACAAAACUGGAGGGAGAGGGCCAGGCCUACGAAUACCUCGCUGCUGGCAAGCUCAAGGGCUGCAAAGCUCUCAUCACCGGCGGAGAUUCCGGAAUCGGUCGCGCCGUCGCGGUUCUCUACGCGCGUGAGGGCGCCGACGUGAGCAUCGUCUACCUUCCCGAGGAGCAGACCGACGCCGAAGAUACCAAGAAGAUGGUCGAGAAGGAAGGCCGGCAAUGUCUCCUGAUUGCCGGUGAUCUGAUGGAUUAUCGCAAGUGCAAGGAGGCAAUCCAGAAGCACGUCGACGCAUUCGGCAUCAUUCACGUCCUCGUAAACAACGCUUCUAAGCAGAUGAUGUGCAAGGACUUUGCCGACAUCGACCUGGACAACGUUGAGAGCACUUUCCGGAGCAACAUUCUCCAAAUGUUCGCCAUGACGAAAUAUGCCUUGCCGCACAUGAAGAAGGGCGGAUCAAUCAUCAACACCACCUCGACAGUCGCAUUCCGCGGCACGAGCGCCAUGGUCGACUACUCGGCCACUAAAGGCGCCAUCGUGUCCUUCACACGGUCACUGGCACUGAACUUGAUGCCCAAAGGCAUCCGGGUCAACGCCGUAGCGCCAGGCCCUGUCCACACGCCGCUGCAGCCGGCGUCGCGGCCGGCCGAGCAGAUGGAGGGGUUCGGUGGCAAGUCGGGCAUUGGCCGCAUCGGCCAGCCGAGCGAGAUCGCGCCGAGCUUUGUGUUCCUGGCGAGCAAGGACUCGGAGCUGUAUUAUGGACAGGUGUUGCAUGCGUAUCCGCUGGGGGAUUGA